AUGGCCACUUAUGUGAAAUUCUUGAAGGAUAUCUUGACUAAGAAAAGAAGACUUGGGGAGUUUGAGACAAUUGCUUUGAUGGAGAGUUGUAGUGCCAUUUUGACAAACAAGAUUCCACCAAAGCUAAAAGAUCCGGGAAGCUUCACAAAUCCAAUUUCUAUCGAAGACCAUGAUGUUGGAAGAGCUCUUUGUGACUUAGGGGCGAGCAUUAACUUGAUGCCUAUGUCUAUCUUCAAGAAGUUGGGUAUUGUGGAAGAAAGAACUACCACGUUGACCUUGCAAUUAGCAGAUCAGUCCAUUACCCACCCUGAAGGAAAAAUUGAAGAAUUUUUUGUGAAGGUAGACAAGUUUACUUUCCUAGCGGACUUCAUUUUUCUAGAUUAUGGGGCAAAUAGAGAGGUUCCAAUCAUUUUGGGGAGAGUGUUCCUUGCCACAGGGUGGACUUUAAUUGGUGUUUAA